AUGGUCAUGGCACUUGAUUCUAAGGCAGUCGCGUAUUCCGCUCCUGGAAAAGCUCUACUUGCUGGUGGAUAUCUGGUUUUACUACCACAGUAUUCGGCAUAUGUUGUGGCAUUAUCAGCUAGAAUCCAUGCUGUGGUUUCUGAGGAAGAAGAACGGGCUAAUACUCACAAGAGGGUGACAAUUGCAGCAUACAGUCCUCAAUUCAAAGAUGGUGAAUGGGUAUAUUCAUUAGGAGAUGGCUCCGACAAAAGUAGUCUAUCGCCAGUCCUCACAUCUGCUUAUGGUAACAACCCUUUUCUAGAAGCCGCCAUCAGAACUGUAGUUGCCUACUCACAUGCCUCAGGCUCUAGAAUGCUGAAAAAAAAUGUCAGCAUUAAGAUAUAUUCUGAUGAUGCAUACCACUCGCAAGAUGAUCGAGUUACUUCUCCCACUACUCAAUCGCGUUUCCACUAUCAUCUAAACAGCAUUCGCGAUGUUCCAAAAACAGGACUUGGAUCAUCGGCCGCACUAACAACAGCUGUGAUAGCAGCUUUAUUUUCUUUCUAUCUACCUGAUCUGGACCCAUUGGAUCCUUCGAACUUGGAUAAAGUUCAUAAUCUAGCACAAUUAGCCCAUUGUACAGCACAGAAGAAGGUUGGAUCAGGCUUUGACAUUGCUUCUGCUGUUUAUGGAUCUGUACAAUACAGUCGGUUUGCAGCUGAUAUUAUUAGCAACGAGUUGUUUGACCCAAACUCAGUCGAAUCUGUUGACAAGUUUUCUAACCUUGUUAAAAAUCUGGUUGAAUCAGACUGGAAAAUGACCCAUAUUCCUUCUUCACUACCUCCUGGACUUAGUCUCCUAAUGGGCGAUGUGAAGACAGGUUCAGAAACUCCAAAAAUGGCCUCAAUGGUACUGGAUUGGCGUGAAAAGAAUCCUGCUCGCGCAAAUGAGGUCUGGACUUUAUUAGAUCAGAGUAAUACUGCAUUGGUUAACACACUCUACCAAAUGUCGACUUUAGCUGAAAAGGAUCCUCGAUCUUAUGCACAACUACUAGAGGCCGGAAUUGAAGACUCCUCUCCAAAUAUUCUACACCAGCUUCGUGAAAACUUUUUAGAAAUCCGAAAGUAUUUGCGUAUAAUGACUAUUGAGUCGCAUGCACUUAUAGAGCCACAGCCACAAACAGAUCUGUUGGAUAAAUGCAAUCAAAUCCCUGGGGUCAUUGGAGGAGUUGUUCCAGGGGCAGGUGGUUUUGAUGCUAUAAGUAUCUUGGCUUUAGAAAGCAAGAUACAGGAUAUAAAAGAUUUCACAAGCAAAUCGAAAGACAGCGAGUUCUCUGAUCUUAUCUGGCUUGAUCUGAAAGAACAACGCAUAGGUUUACAGAGAGAGUCUCUGUCUUUGUAUAAUAAUCUUUGA